UGCAUGCACGCCAACAGCAGUGCCGAUCGUACGGCGUCUCGCGGUUGACCAUCCACAGGCGACGUCGUAACUGUCGUCGUCGUCGUUGUCGUCGUCCGCCGCCACCAACUGCCGCCACCGCCGCUGCCGCCGCCGCCGCCGCCGCUGCGAUAGUCGCGGGACCCCAACUGUGGCACGCUCAUACCUAUUAUUUCGUUUUUAUUUUUUAAAUAAAAUGAAGAUUCAAAAAUCGGAUGCGAUGAUUCGAACAAGUUUACUGGCAGUUCAAAUGAUAAUCAUCGCUCUCAACUUGGUUCUGAUUGUGGUAGUUAUCAACAAAAGAAAAUGCAAGACAAUUUCAUUGAGUAUGUGGACAUUAUUGGUAACCAUGAUAAUCGGUUCCAUAAUAUUGGAUAUGGAAGUUCUCGUCCAGUACUUUACACCAACAUUACCAUUAUGCCUUUUAGCUCCAUGGUUUCGAGAAUUGGGAUUCGUGAUAUUCUACGGCGCAAUCGAUCUGAAACUGUAUAGGAUUUUGAUGCAGUUUCGUACUAGAAAAGCGCACUGUUGGACAAUAACUGACAAAGAUCUGCUGAAAUAUUUAUUGUUUGGUGUUAUUGUGGUGAUUGUUUACCUCACUGCCUGGACUGCAGUUAGUCUUAACUUCUUUAAUGAAGGAUGGGUUCUCUUGACGCAUAUUAAAACCGAUGAUGGUUUUUUAUACACUACGUGUAAACCUCAAUGGUGGAAUCACGUUACGGAAUUCGGUGAAAUAUUGAUUUUAACUGUGGGCUUAUACUAUGGAAAUUCGGCGCGUAAUGCUCGCGUGCAGUUUGAAGAGCGGCGUUUUCUUUUUUACGCAAUUACAGCAGAAUUAACUUUUAGUUCUAUCUAUAAUACUAUUCGUACAGUCUAUCCAAUACCAUUCCACCAGGAUGUGACAUUCAUAGCCGCCUUUUCGCGCAGCCUGUUGACUAACACUCUUGCAUUGAUAAUCAUAUUUGCACCAAAGAUAUGGUAUCAAAAAAAAGUGAACGCCGAACUCAGGCAUUCAGCCAUAAAUCAAGAACUUUCAGAAUCACUAAAAGCUGAUAUGGCAGAUAAAGACUUCAGAGAAAUGAACAUAUCAGAAAUGACUUCAGAUGAAAUAAGGGAAGAACUCAGUCGUGUUUAUGUACAAAUGGGAAUAUUACGUGAUAAAACUGUAUGUAAGAAAAACCCUCAUAUAUCUAAACGAAAAGGUGGAAAGAAAUUGCCACAUAGACGAUUUUCAUUACAGAAGAAAGGAAGCAGAGACAAGUCAUCAAUUAAAAUUCGAAAAAAAAAUAAAGAACUAGAUUCAUCAGAAAUAAGUGAAACGAAUGAGACAAAUGAAAUAUCCAAAUCCCCGGAAGACUCAGUAGUCAGCAAUGAAGACGCCCCUGCUGUCGGGAGUGGUAUUUGUAGUUGCCAUUCAACGACAGGGAUACACCAGAAUACUUGUAACGAAUUUAAUGACGGUAAUGAUAACAGCUAUGGCGAAGGACCAUCGUGUUCAAAAUUCAACGCGUUGACUUGAUGACUUUGGCUUAGAAAUACCGUAAUGUCCAUAAAAAAAGUUAGUAAGAGUUGGAUUUUAUGUUACUAAGUGUGACCAACGGCAGUUUUAGAGAUGUAUUAGUACCUAUUUUAAAUGAAAUAGAUAAAACAAAUUCCUACACUAAUUACUGAUGCACUUUUGCUAAAUAAUUUAAUUCUGAUUGGGAUGAAAAA